AUGCCGGCGUGCCGCUGCGCCGAGUCGGCCGAGGAGGACACCGUGGUGCUGGGGACGGAGGUGACAGCGCACAACCUCACCCUCUCCGGGGCCGAGUACGAAAUCCUACUGACGGUGGCCAACGCCGCCGGGCCGGGGCCGGAGCGGCAGCUCCGUGUGCCGGCAGAGUGGCGUGCAGAUCUCGGCUUCGAGGACAUCAGCGUGGCUGGCAGCACCGUGUCGGUGCGGUGGGAAGCACGAAGCCCCGGCUUUGUCUACUGCUUCGAGCAGCAGCCGCUGCCAGGAACCCUGAAACAGGGUGUUUGCAUCCGACGGGAUUUCCCUGCCAAGAGCAUCCACACGGAGAGAGGAGCACUGGAAGCACCGGCGUGUUACCGCCUCGCCGUGCACGGCUGGGCCCCGGCACGGGGCUGGUCCACCUUCGCCCUGCAGCACCACUACGCCGGCAACACCUCGUUGGCCGUGCCCGUCCGCAUCAACGCCAGCGCCGGGGAUGCCGCCGUCGUCCUCCGGUGGAGCCCGUCCCCCCGUGCCGCCUGUCCCGGGGCACUGGCCAAGUAUCUCAUCUGCCACGCGGCCGAGGGGGACAACGUGACCUGUGAGUGGGACCCCCCCCCAUCCCCGUGGGGCAGGAGGAGGGCGCUGCCUGUAACCUGCAGGCAGCUGCCGGACUAUUGCCUCCUCGUUGUCGUUUGCCCAGACGGCGAAGCGGACACCACGGCAUCGCACUACACCCUCCAAAACCUACGGCCCGGCACAGCCUACAGGGUGGGCGUUUGGGAGGUGAUGGCGGAGAGCGGGGGGACCUGCGGUGCUUGGUGGCACUUCCAGACCAAGGCACUGGGUCCCCAAGGAGCAGCGUGGAAAUCCAACCUGAAGUACCUGGGCAUCUCGCUCACUCUCCCCGCCGUGGCCACCAUCUACCAGCUGAGCAAAAAGAGGGCUCGCCGCCUCCUCUUCCCACCCCUGCCCAAACCCGUGGGCAGCAAAGCCAUCCAGUUCUCCGCCAGCGAAAUGAGCCAGGGCCAGCCCCGGCCAGCCUUCCUGGAGCCCUCGGAGAGAUUCAGCCCGGCUGAGCUGCUGAUACCGGAGCCAAAUCCCGGCAAGGAGACGCCCGACGCCGGCACACGGCCCGGCACGCCGCAGCCCGGCCCCGCGGCCGACAAACUGGCAGCGGUGUGCCCGUUGGGCUGCGAGAAGGAGCUGCCAUUUACCUACCGCAGGCAGGAGGUGCUGAGCCCGGAGGGAUUUCUACCGCCUGGCAGCACCAGCUGCACCGGCCACCCACUGGGCGAGGAGGAGGAAGAGGAGGAGGAGGAAGAGGAUGGAAGGCAGGGGCUGCGCCAAGCGCCGGUCCCCAUCGCCCUGCUCAUCUCCGACAAACCCAUCAUCAUCAGGGACGAGGAAGGAUGGGACCCAUCGCUGGAGAAGUCGGUGCUGUAGCCAACACCAGGCUGGGGCAGCGGGGAUGGAUGGCGGGGGGGGGGUGUCCCACGGGAUGCUGAGCACCCAUGUGGGAUGCUGAGCACCCACCCCAUGGGUUCAUGGUCGCACCGGCACUUUCAGAGGGUUUUCUGGUUUCCAGGACACAGAAGGCGAUGCCUCCGGAUACAGCGUUGCAUAGGGCCAGGAUCUGGCCACGCACUUCCCAGCCUCAACCUUUCAUUGACGAUAAAUAACGAGGGAAGGCGGUUGCAGAAUCCCGACGGGGCUGAGGGUUAUUUCCUUGGCCGGAUCGGGAGGAGAGGCAGAGCUUCAUCCCGGCCGGCUGCCUCCUGCUCUCCUGCCGCAGCUGGGGCCAGCAUCGCCCCGGCAGGAUGGGGGCACAAACAGCCUCAGCACCAAACACCAAAAAAUACUUGCAAAAAAUAAAAAAUGGGGGAAAAAAAUUAAAAGGGGCAAAAAUUAAAAAAAUGUG